GUAUUGUGUAUUUCUGACCAAACAGCUGACUGCUAGUUAUGACACAGUGUGGACUCACGAUGAGCGACCUGCACAUGAAUAAUGAAUUAACUAGAACAGUUUUCUCCUUUAUUACAGUGCUAAUUUUAUAACCUCACACAAAUAUAUCCAACAGACACUUGACAAACCUCCGAUAAGUGUAUUAUAAACUGCUAAAAACUACGUGACUCACGCACAUGCCACGCAUUCCCUGGUCAGGCCAUCCCUAGUUGCUGCCCCCUGUUCGCAAGUAGAAAAUAAUAAAAUGCAGAGUUUAGCUAAAUAAUCGUCGCGCGGGGACAAAACCAAAUUCAUUUCAAGUAUUAAACUACAAAUUAAGCAACCUCCUCCCUAGUGUAAUAGUUUUAUUCAACCGCGCCGCCUCUCUGUCGCUCGUUUUCGCUUUGGUUCAUUUUAUGUCCAUUUUUGGUGAAGAAUUGUUUGCCAAAAACCUUCGCACCUGACGGGAGACACAAUGAGAAAUGAGAUUUAACUGGUUGAGCGAAUACUUGGCCGAAAUCAGAAGCAACAUCGAUUCAAGUAUUAACCACGAAUCGUCUCCCUGGAGGCAAUUGCAGCUUCAGCAGCUCACACCUCAAGCCAUCUACUGCCGCAUCAAGUCCACAUCUGCCGAAGCACUGGAGCACAUAGUGAUUGCAUGUGUGGUAUACUUGCUAGUAUGCCUUGGCCUAUACAAGCUCACCUUUUGGCUCUCCACCCCGGCAACGACGACCAACAACAAUCGCCCUGGCGCUGGCGGUCAUGGAGCGAAUCGGGAGAGGGAGAGAGAGGCUGGCAGCCUAAAGCAGAUGCUGCAGUCUGGCCUGCGUUUGCGUAGCGUUCACAUGCCCAAGUCAGCGCAAAUGGAUCGGGUGCUACUGGUCACCGCCCAUCCGGAUGACGAGUGCAUGUUCUUUGGCCCAUUGAUCUACUCGCUGACGCAACGCGACAACUGCCAGGUGUACAUAUUGUGCCUGUCCAAUGGCAACCACGAGCAACAGGCCAAGCUGAGGCGUCAGGAACUGUGGCGAGCGUGCAUUAAGUUGGGCAUUCCCGAGUCGAACAUUGUGCUGAUGAAUGCCACCAACUUGCCGGACGAUCCCAAUGUCGAGUGGCGCCCGGAUGCGGUGGCCAGCCUGAUACUCCACACCGUUGAGAGUCUCGACAUCCAAGCGAUAUUCACAUUCGAUCGCGAUGGCGUCAGCUCGCAUCCCAAUCACUGUGCUGUGUACUAUGCGGCGGCUUCACUCUGUUUGGCCAACCUAUUGCCCAAAGAUUGCAAGUUUUAUACCUUGGACUCGAUCAAUUUGGUGCGCAAAUAUCUAUCCAUCUUCGAUUUGCUGUGCACAUGCUUCAUGUCAACGCAUUGGUGCAUUCUCAGUUGGAAGGAGGCUGCGGUUGUGCGGAGUGCCAUGCUGGAGCAUCACUCACAGAUGAAAUGGUUUCGCUGGCUGUAUAUCUACACAUCGCGCUACAUGUUCAUCAAUUCGUUGCGCCAAAUAAAUCUCUCGGAUGUCGAACUGGAAAUGCAAAUACAUGACAACUAAAAAAGUUACCACAAAACGUUUUAAAGCGAGCGAGCGAGCAGAUACACCAAAAGACAAAACUACCUUAAAGACGGAGUUGUGUUCUUUGAUUUUAUUUUGUAUGGACUCUGACGAUUCUACUAGUAUAACUCGGACUGUAGUACACACACACACACACACACACACACGGACACACAUAAUUGAUAUCCAAUAACCCAGGGAACAAGGAACCAACAACCAGAAAAUACUUACUAGAGUACAUAGGAUGAAGCCUAAACCACAAGCAAGAAAAACAGUCCAUUAAAUUACGCGUAGUUGUCUCACCAAAUGGCAUAUCUUUAUAUCUGCAUAAUGCAUAAUUAGUUAGCUCUAAUUGUAUUGAUUGUUAACCAUUACCAUUAUUAUUUAUACUCAAACUCCAAGCAAUGUUCCAAAGUGUGCGAUGUAGUCAAAUGCUUACAAAAAAUCAAACAAACUAAAACUGUGCACUAUGAUAAUUGUUAUUAGUUUCUUAUGUAUUGAUUAUUAAUUAUUAUUAUUGAUUAUUGAUUCCUUCCUUAGCGCAUACCACACACACACACACCAAAACACACACACACACACACACACAUUUCUGUUUCUUGUAAAAUUGUAAAAUAGUUUGUUGUAAGCAGCGAAGUACAAUAAUUUUUAUAAAUAUAUAUAUAUAUAUACAUA